AUGAUUCUCUUGAUUUGGAAAAUACCUGGCAAUGCUGGUCAGGUCAUAAAGGAGCUUCUGAAAGAAAAUGGUGUUGAUGUAGAAAAAUUUAAUUUAAAGUCUAUUUCUACUUUUAAUCAAACUGAAAAUACAAACAAUUGUAAUUCCAAGCUUCGAAGGAGAAAAAGAAGGUUAAAUGUACCAGGCUACAAAAGUAUUUCUAUACCAAUGGAAGUUUCUAAUAAAGUACUUAAAGAUAAGUUAGAGCAAGAUAUUGAAAAAGGCAAAUAUAGAGUCGGAAAAUUAAUUGUUCCAAAAACUUUUACAAAAACAGUUUGUAAAAACAAUAGCUUAGUUACUGAAGAAUUUUUAGUUUCUGGCAGAAAAUUAAGUAUUGAUGAUAUCAGAGCAGAUAUGUAUGAGAACCAUAAGGCUUUUAUGAGAUUAACGAAUGAUCAAAAGUAUUUAGCCUUAAGCAGGGAAACAAUAAUUGACGGUUUGAAAAGAAUCGAUGAGUUAAAUGAUGACUAUGAGAAUAGAAGUUUUUGCAUUUAA